AUCACGAGAGGCCCCAUUGGGCAAUAAAUUUGUGCUGAUAAGAGAACUUCCUGAGGCUACAAGUUUGGUGAGUUUUAGUGCCAUCCGGGAUACGAUUCUGCGUGACAUGGGUGCGGAGUGCUUGCAGCCGGGAAAGCGUGGCCUUACCGUUUCGGUGGUGGUCCUCGGGUGCGCCUGCCUAACGGUGAUGCUGGGCUACCUGGCGUUCGGUGAUAGUACGGACGAAUCAGGCCUACGAACUCUCCGCAUGGUGAGCAUACUGUUUCGCCACGGUGAUCGUUCCCCGACCGACUUCUACCCUAACGAUCCGCAUCGGAACCAUGCCUGGACCGGUGGAUUUGGCGCACUUUCCGAGAAAGGAUCGCAACAAAUGUAUCAACUCGGAAAAUUGCUGCGCCCCCGGUACUAUCGGCUCUUGCCCCCGAACGGACUGUACUCGAAAGACCAAAUGACGAUAGUGAGCAGCUAUGCCGAGCGGUGCAUUAUGAGUGCGCAAAGUUUUAUGGCCGGAUUUUUGCCACCCCUCGAGAACACGAAUCCGCUGCCCAUUCCAUGGCAGCCAGCAGCGGUGAACGUUUUGCCACGUGAUCGUGAUACGAUCCUGGCUCAAAAGCAGCCCUGUCCGCGUUACGAACGAACUCUACAGCGCCUGAUUGCUUACCCACCGAAGGACGUGCGCGAACUGUACGAGAAAAAUGAGGCCCUUUUGCGGACGCUCAGUCAGGCGACCGGGCAGAAUAUUAGCACCAUUCUCGACGUGGAGCUGCUUUACAACACGCUUGAGAUUGAGAAGGCGGCCGGUCUAGAGUUACCCGACUGGACGGAGGAUAUUUUCCCGCAAAAGAUGCUCCCGAUUGCCGAGCGUAGUCUGGCGCUGUUCACCGAGGUGCCGCUGAUGCGCAAGAUCAAGGGUGGCGCGAUCGUCGGUGAGCUGCUGGAUAAUGCGUUGCGACGCCGCUCCCGGAUAUUGAUGCCAGAGCGAAACAUCUUCGUUUACUCUGGCCACGACGUUACGCUGGUAAACCUAAUGCGGGCGCUCGGUGUAAUCGAGCAGACGACGGGUAAGCCAGACUUUUCGGCUACAAUCGCGUUCGAGCUUCAUCACAGCAUUACGUUUGACGAUGACUACGAGGUAAAGAUCGUGUACUUCUUCAACAGUGAGGACAAGUACCCGAAAGAGAUCGAAAUACCGAACUGCGAGAGCCCAUGUUCACUGACGCGCUUCGAACAGGUAAUGGAAACGGUUCGGUUGAGAAACUACGACGAAACGUGUCAGCUCGUAUAGGGCUCAUUGUAGGGUCAGCACCCCAAAUACCUGCCAAAAAAUGAACUAAUCUUCUCUGAAAAGACAAUCUCGUUAUUUGUUAAGUUACUGUUAUAGCAUUGUUGUCUAGUUAAAUUUUGAGAUAAAGCAAAAAAGGCGUUACGAGAUCUGUGAAAUAAACCAAAAGUAUCUGGCACAAACCGGAUGUACAUGUGUGUCCAACGCCUUUGCUACAAAUCCAAAUUUUCGGAUCUCUCGGCUACCAGGCGUGUUGCGUCUGAGUGGAAUAAUGCGAGAAACAAAAGACUGGUGUUCAUGUGUAUGUACACAAAUGUUUAUUUGUACUUAAGAAUGUAUUUGGAUAGAGAAAUGUGUGGUAAGCUCGGUGCAGUACGCGUUUACACCAAGCGGAUCUGGAGUACUUGGCUUCUUUACCGAAGAAAAGGAAAAUCUAAGGUUUAUUUUACCGGUUUCUCAGGUCGAGAAACUAUUAAGAAUUGGUGAAAAAUGCGCAAUGAUCAAACUAGGCAUUCUAAGUAAACCCAUUUACGAUUACUUCCUUACUUCCGAUCACGUUUCCUUGUGACUAACUGUGUGGCUACCGAUCCUUACAUUUGUUCUUCAUGUUAAAAAAAACAGUUAAAACAAC